AGCCCCCUCAAAGUCUCCAGGUGAGACCAAGUCAGUUUGCAUCGACGCGAGAGCAGCUGACAGGCACUCAAGAAAACUCUCCUGCGUAGAGCUUCUAGGGGUCAGAUCAUCAAGAACCCCCUCCCACCCGAUCUCUUGAGGAGCUCCUAUAUCUCCCUCGGUCUCCUCCACCUCUGAGGCAGCCGUCAUGAACUGGUCUGCACUUGAGGCGCUCCUCAGCGGGGUCAACAAGUACUCCACCGUCUUCGGUCGGGUCUGGCUCUCCAUGGUGUUCGUCUUCCGGGUGAUGGUGUUCGUGGUGGCGGCGCAGCGGGUGUGGGGCGAUGAGAGCAAAGACUUUGUCUGCAACACGGCCCAGCCGGGCUGCAACAACGUGUGCUACGACAGCAUCUUCCCCAUCUCCCACAUCCGCCUGUGGGCCCUGCAGCUCAUCUUCGUCACCUGCCCAUCGCUGAUGGUGGUCGGCCACGUCAAGUACAGGGAGAAGAAGGACAUGCAGUACACCGCCUCCCACAAGGGCGCCCAUCUGUAUGCCAACCCUGGGAAGAAACGCGGGGGGCUGUGGUGGACUUACCUGGUGAGCCUGAUUUUCAAGGCAGGCUUCGAUGCCGGCUUCCUCUACAUCCUGUACCACAUCUACGAUGGUUACGACAUGCCCCGCUUGUCCAAGUGCUCCCUGCCGCCGUGCCCCAACACGGUGGACUGCUACAUAUCCCGUCCCACAGAGAAAAGGAUCUUCACCCUCUUCAUGGUGGUCUCCUCUGCCUUCUGCAUCUUAAUGUGUAUCUGCGAGAUGAUUUACCUCGUCUGCAAACGCGUUCAGAAGCUCAUUAAGAGGAAGGCCGAAGCAGACAGGAGGAUGUUCGCAGAGAACCACGAGAUGACGCCGCUGGCAAGGCCGAGGUCAGAGUUCAGGUCCAAAGCAUCAAUCAGAGUAGAUCCCACAGCGUCCAUCCAGAACCUCGCCAACAGCAAGACAGAGGAAGGACCACCUCCCAAGAAGUAAUGAUGUACAACGUAGUGGUGGCUAUGAUGAAAAACUAAGUAUUCAAGGUGCCACUGCAAGUGAACGCACGCAUCAGACUCCACAGAGAACUGCCGCUCAGCACCACAGAUACCCAUCACUUCAGGGAUUUCUGAAACAGCGAUUUGUAAAUAUUAUCAGGCUAAAUGAGAUUCUGCAGGACCGCACACCUUAUACAUACAGCAUGAGGAUUACAGACGAAGUUAAAGGUUAUCAUGUGUUUCUUUUGGAAAAGGUGUGUUAUGUGUGUACGAGUGUGUCUCUGUUUGUGUUUUUGUGUCUGUAUCAGUGUCCAGUAGUAAGCUUCAGAUGGUAAAAUCAGGUAAUUUGUAAAUAAAACGUUAAACCCCAAGUGAUGUAAAUACAUCACAGAGAGUGAAGCCUUUUACCUGAACAUACACACUGCCCCCUAAUGAAUAAAACAAGAUAAAACAGAGCACUUUCUUUAGUUGUUGACACAGAAAUCAGCAGAAAUCACCUGAAGGGAUUUUGUUGUUAGAUAUGGAAAAUGAAGAAAAUGCUCUUUAUUGUUCAGGACUCACUUUGAUGCCUUUUGAUGUUGUGCUUUCACACUAUUAAAUCAGAGUUCCUUAAUGAAGGUAAGACAUGUGUGAACUAAUUCAUGGCACUGAAAAAACGCACAAAAAUAUUCUUUUUUUUUUUUUCUUUUUUUUUACUUACACAGAAUAAGAUUGUAGAUAAUAUAUUUUUGUUUUACAUUUUGUAUUUAUUGUUGUGGCUUAUAAAGAUUUGCUUCAUGAUA